CGGCAACACCCAGUCAUAUCGAGACGCUCGACCUGUGAAAGUCGUGACACAGCCACCGAUUGUCUUCAACCCUUUUCGCGAUUCCAUCGACGGCCUGGUGAUUCAAAUGUAUGCGAAAACGAUAGCUAAAACGCCGACGAUGGUAGGGGAGGAUGGACUCAGCGGAUCGCCCCCUGACAAGCCUAAACUCAUACAUGGAGGUAACUACAUCAAGGAAGGUAAGGAUUCCGCUAAGGGCACCUGCCUCAUCUUCUCUCCAAAAGGACAGGACUCCGUUGGUGCUCUAGCCAAGUAUCUACAACUGUUCACCCAACAUGAAGUUAAUUUGUUACACAUCGAAUCUAGAAGUUCUCUUCGCCGAUCGGAUGUUUACGAAUUCAUGGUCGAGUGUGCCCCAGGCGGAAACCUCGGCUCCGUGAUAGAUAAUUUACGCAAGGAAUGCAGUUACUUGUCGAUCAUUUCCAGAAAUCAUAAGGACAACAUUGGAACCGUGCCAUGGUUCCCGAUACGUAUCAGGGACCUCGAUAAGUUUGCCAAUCAAAUCCUCUCCUAUGGAUCUGAAUUAGACAGCGACCAUCCGGGAUUCACAGACACUGUUUACAGGCAGAGACGCAAGUUCUUUGCCGACUUGGCUUUCAAUUAUAAGCAUGGUCAACCAAUCCCGCGUGUGGAAUACACUAAAGAGGAGAUUGAAACAUGGGGUGUAGUUUUUAGGAAUUUGACGAAACUUUAUCCAAAGUAUGCUUGCAAGGAGCACAACCACGUGUUUCCUUUGCUUAUUGAAAACUGUAAUUACAGAGAAGACAACAUUCCUCAGUUGCAAGAUAUAUCAAACUUUUUGAAAGAUUGUACCGGCUUCACGCUUCGUCCAGUAGCCGGGUUACUCUCCUCGCGUGAUUUCCUGGCUGGCUUAGCUUUCCGAGUAUUUCAUUGCACGCAGUACAUCAGGCAUGGCAGCAAGCCAUUAUAUACACCUGAACCUGAUGUAUGCCAUGAGGUAUUGGGUCACGUACCUCUAUUUGCCGAUCCCUCGUUCGCUCAAUUUUGUCAAGUUGUCGGCUUGGCGUCUCUCGGAGCCCCCGACGACUACGUCGAAAAACUUGCUACGUGCUUCUGGUUUACGGUCGAAUACGGUAUCUGUCGUCAAAACGGUGAAUUAAAGGCGUACGGUGCUGGAUUGCUUUCGUCUUUCGGCGAGCUCGAAUAUUGCUUAAGCGGUAAACCAGAAUUGCGAUCUUUCGAACCGGCGAAAACAGCGUUGCAAAAAUAUCCGAUAACGGAAUAUCAACCCGUUUAUUUCGUCGCCGAGGACUUUGAAGAUGCAAAACAGAAGAUGAUUAAAUUUUCCGAAAGUAUUCCAAGAAAGUUUGGAGUCAGAUACGAUCCGUACACUCAGAGCAUCAGUAUAAUCGACAGUAAACAUCAAAUCGAGGAUCUCAUUUACAACGUGAAUCAAGAAGUACAAAUUUUAAUGGACGCUUUGCGAAAAUUGAAGUAACAUUGUGUUAAGUAAUGAUAAUACGCAUUGAUGCGCGAAAUAAAGUGACUGCGAACUUGUUUAACAA